CCAAAAGGUAAGCCUCCCCUCCCUCCUCCCAAGGAGCGCGAAUGAUGACACGAUGACGAGACCUACGUGCCCCUCGCGCGCAGUCUGCCCACCCCUCGUCCCCGUGUGCAAAGCUCUUGGCCCCCACCACGUCCGUUUUGGCCGUGGCGGGUCGGGUGUGGCGUGCUCGGGACUCGGCGGGGGCGACGGCGGCUGUGCGCGGGCGGCAGGUUGACGAUCCUCACUAGUUUGGCGACUUUAUUCUGACGCGCUCCUCCCACUGUCUAAAUGUACGGGAACUGACACCAGAUGGCGCGCGACGACGCCUCAGACUUCAGCGAGGAGGAGGUCGCUACCGUCCUCCUUGCCCUGCCGGACGGGCCGAUGGAGGAGGCGCCGUCCCAUACCACUUCUUUCAUCGGAGGAUAUCCCGCCUUCCCGGCUGUGCCGGCGGGUCCGUCCAGAAACCCAAAGGGCAAGGGCAAGGCCGUUGCGGCGACCUCGGCACCGGAGGAGGUGCGCUGCGGCGCAUGCCACAAGGCCAUGCCUCUCCUUUCUCAGGUUUAUUGCCCGCUCGAAGGUGGCGAGAACGACCGCACGAUUUAUGUGUGGGCGUGUGCCCGCCCCGGGUGUCGGAGGCGCGAGGGUAGCGUGCGCGCAUUCCGUGCGUCGGUGCGCAACGAGGAAUAUGUGGCGGACGUUGAAGCCAAGCGGGCUGAGGCAGAGCGCAUCGCUGCCGAGGAGCGCGAGCGUGCACGGCAAAACCCGUUCACCGUCCAGCAGAAUGCUGGCGCUGGCGCUGGCCUCUUCGGCGCACCGAAGCCGCUCUUCGGCGCCGCCGCCGCCAACCCCUUUGCCUCACCUUCAGCUCCUGCGGCCUCCCCACACCCCUCCUCCCCCAAGAAGGACGACGCCCCCACUGCCGCCGUCGCUUCGCUCUCUCUCUCCGACCCAGUAGUCCACACUCCCCCAAUCCCCGCCUACCAGCCACCACAGUACAUCACGACCGUCGAUGAGUUCCUGCCCAUUGCCGAGGACUCGGACGUGGAUGUCUCCGAGGACGAAGACGAGGCGCCAGAACAAAAGGCCGAGUGGCGUGAGGACGGGUGGGACAAGCUUCUCCCUAAGAGUGUCGAUGACAUCUUCGAGCGCUUCGCCCGCCGCCUCGCUUCGGCCGAGGACGCAAGCAACCAGGUGUUGCGGUACGACUUCAACGCCGUGCCACUGCCAUACAGCUCGUCGUCGCCGCUGUUCAAGAAGCUCUUCCCCGGCGCGCCUACCCGCGCCCCCUCGUCCGAGGAGGACGAGGUCAACCUCGCCGAUUACUACACCACCAAGCCGGUGCCGGCGUGCACGCGCUGCGGCGCCGCGCGCGUCUUCGAGCUCCAGCUCGUGCCGCAGCUCAUCAAUGUCCUCCGUCCCUCGUCCCUUAGCACGACCGGCAAGCCUCCGGCGGGCAACGCCAAGGUGCAGACUGAGGAGGAGCGGCGCGCCGAGAUCCUCCGCCUGGCCAAGGGCGAGGCACGGGGCGAGGGCGACGCAGGCGAGAUGGAGUGGGGUACAGUCAUGGUGUUUGGCUGCGAGGGCGACUGCAUCGGCGUCGGCGAGGAGUGGGUCGGCGUCGAGUGGGAGGCUGCGCCGGAGGCAUAGAUCUUGAGACAGGUGUAUUUUUUGUACAUAGGUAACGCUGUAUAAUGCCAUGUUGGACGCACGC